CGAAUAUUGGCAAUCAUGCAAAUACUUUUCAGUCUCAAGACGACACUCCUAGUUAUAGGAGCUUUGGCAGUCUUUCAUGUUAAUGGAGCACCAAAUGAAAAGGAUAGCAUCUCAUCUCAGUUGUUUGGGCGUGCGAAAAGGAGCCUUUAUGAAGGAAUGGUAGCCUUUCAAGCAAAGUUAACGAAAAACCAAAAGAGCCUUCCAGAAAAUGCCAUUGUUAUAUUCGAAACAACAACUCUAAAUGCAGGAUACGCCUAUAGCCCUCUCACAGGAAUAUUCACUGCACCAGAAGACGGUAUAUACGUUUUCUCGUGGAAUAUUCUGGCCCAUGCUGGAGGUGUUUUUCACACAGAGAUCGUUUACAAUGGUAAGGCUGUCGCUCACAACCAUGCUGAUGGUAGGAGUGGAAGUUCCCACUAUGCAUCCGGGUCCUCGACUGCGGUUAUUGGGAUGAGGAGGAAGGAUCAAGUUUGGAUUAAGGCCAUGGCAGGUCAUGGGGAAUCUGCUGCUGGUGACUGGUCUUCCUUCUCCGGCUUCAAAUUAUAAACAGUCAUUGUAAAAUGGAAGAUAAUUU